AUGACGUCCCGCGCAGCGGUCGCCCCUCCAGUUCCCGUCCCCGUAAGCCCGGUUGCCGAUUCCCCAGAUCAUCUCGGUUCUCCCGAUCGGAGACGAACCAUGCCCGCCGUUGUUCCCCCUCGCACGUCGAGCACACGACGCGCUCAACCGACCGACAGACCUGUCGACUCGCCCCGCCGAACGAACCAAGAUUCUAGCCGUGAUACCAAUGGCAGGAUAGAUCCCUCCGAUCCCUCCCGCAGCAGGCGGACAUAUCAAGAUCCCUACUCCCCGAAUGGCCGGGGAAAUACCUCGGCAGCCGCGUAUUCUCGUUCCCCUCCCGCUGACACGCAUUUCGGCAACGGCCCGUCGAGAGACGCGAGCGAAAUCCUGAACAACUUUCUGGAUUCUCAGCACGAGGCCCGGAGUGAAAAGGAGCGUAUGGCGUUGAUCCAGGCCCAUCAACAAGCACCUCUGUAUGACGACGAUGCCGCGCCGCCGCCUAUUGUUUCCCACGCCGACCAUGGCGAAGAGCCGAGACGUGGUGCUAGAAGUAGACACGAUCACUCGAAGAAGGAGAAGCCGACGCGGUUUGGCGAGUACAUCCUGGGGAACACGAUCGGUGAGGGCGAGUUCGGUAAAGUUAAGCUUGGUUGGAAGGCAGAUACUGGUCAUCAGGUUGCAAUCAAACUUAUCAAGAAGGAUCAGCUGGGUAACAACCCAGCUCGUAUGGCCAAGAUCAUGCGCGAGGUCGCCAUCUUGAAGCAACUAACACAUCCGAACAUUGUCAAGCUACACAAGAUGGAGGAGUCCGAGAGACACUAUGGUAUCGUGCUCGAAUACGCGUCGGGAGGCGAGCUGUUCGACUAUAUCCUUAACCACAGAUACCUGAAGGACAACGCCGCUCGGAGGUUGUUCGCUCAACUCAUCUCCGGUGUGGGCUAUUUGCACAAGAAAGGCAUCGUCCACCGCGAUUUGAAGCUCGAGAACUUGCUGCUCGACCGCAAUCGCAACAUUAUCAUUACCGACUUUGGCUUUGCCAACACCUUUGACCCCAACGACGAACUCACCGAGGAAGAGGAGAUGAAUCUGUCGGACAAGGAGUUCGUAAAGCGCAUGGGGCUGGAUAAGAUCAAGCCCAAUGCUCCCGAGCUUGUAGUUAGCGACUCGUUAUACACCGGUAGGAAGGUGGAUGUCUGGAGCUGCGGCGUGAUAUUGUACGCCAUGCUGGCCGGCUAUCUCCCCUUCGACGACGAUCCGGCAAAUCCUGAAGGCGACAACAUCAACCUCCUCUACAAGUACAUCGUCAACACUCCGCUCACAUUCCCCGACUAUGUUACCCCACACGCCCGCGACCUCCUCCGCAGAAUCCUUGUUCCUAAUCCCCGGAAACGCGCCGAUCUCUUCGAAGUUGCUCGCCACAGCUGGCUCAGCGAGUACGCCCAUGUCGUCGAGUUCAUUACCUCGAGCACGACCACCCCGAAGGAUAUUCAGAACACCACGGUUCCUCCCGAGGACUUCGACGAGACUCCCACUAUUGCACGUAGCGCGUCGGUUCGCGAGUCGUCGAAGAAGGCCCCGGUUACGAGCUCGAUUGGUGGCCUCGCUACCAAGCAGGGCACUGUUGACGUUGAUUCCGAUGCUGCUUACACUCGGCAGCAGAGAGAUAACAAGCGCCGUACAGUACAGGUUGAAUAUGUCGCUCCCAGCACGAACACCCAGCGAGGCGAGUCGUCUGGCGCGCAGCCAUUCAGCAGCCGGACGGGUAGCCGGUCGGCAAGCCAGAGCACCGCUCCAGCACCCACACGCGAUCCGACUAGAGAGAAGCCCACGCCAAGCCAGCCCGUCAAGGAGGACUUCAGCAAAUCAACAUCCACGAGGGUGCCGCAAAGCUCUCAGCAGCGUGCUGGAGGGUCAGUCGUCGCUGUGCGCACCACGCAGCCAGCCCGGUCAGCCCCAGAGCCAGCCCCUGCACCUGCAUCAUUGCUACAGAACCUGUCGCACACGCCGGCCGACGGACCGCCUACUAGCAGCUCUAUCAGCUCCAACAACGCAAACAAAAGGGCUUCGUACAGCCAGCCUGCUGCUCCCGAGCUCAACGAUGCCAAUGUCGAAGGGCGGAUCGAGCAACCUCCGAAGACGAGCAAUUAUGGCAUCCCCAGCCCAACACCUCACUCACAGUCAGAUCAUCCCCGGCCCGGCCUCAGCAGCGUCCCGCCCAAGUUCAUUCAACUUUCUGGGUUUAAUAAUCGCGAAGGAGAGACACCUACUCCUGGUAGCGUCGGUACGACCCAAGGAUCCUCUGAAGUUAAGGGCCACAAGAGAUCCAAUACGAUGAGCGAGAUCAGCGGCAAGCUCUUUGGCCGCAGUGGCUCUAUCUUCGGGGGAAAGAACCGCAAGAAGGAGCAGUCUGGCGAGAAGACCAAGAAAUAUCCUCCUAUUAGCAUGAACAACUCCAUGCCUGGCGGUGAUGAACAUUCGAGAACAUCUCUGGAUUCUAGGCGCUCUCGGAGAUCCUUCUCGAUCGGCAUCGGCAAGAAGACUUCGGGUAGUAUCACUAGCUCGCAGGAAAAGAAGGGCAGGCGGUUCUCCUUCCUGCCUUACCUCUCCAAGGGGGGCAAGGAAGAACGCUCGCAAUCCCAGCUCGACUCGCAACAAGAUCUGCCUAUCCAAGAGCCGCCAACCCCCAGCCAGUCUGGUCAACUUGUCGACCAGAACAUUGGACGCGAGCACGCCGAAGCGACGACACUCGACAACAUGUACACGCAGUUGCAUGACCCGCGGUACUCACCUUCGCCUUACGAUCGCCGCCAAUCGUACCAGCCAUCGAGCUCCUACGGCCGCCCGAGUGCCAGCGACACCCUCAUGCCCCCGCCGCUACUCAACACCUCCGAUGCCUCGUUCGAUAGUACGAACCUGCGUCGUCCAGCUGGCACCGGCUCGGCUCCUCAGCUCCCUUACCCAUCCGGCCUCCAACCGCCACAACAGCAAUCUCAGCCGUUGCAACAACCGCGGCCGAACCAGAGCGACAACGACGUGCGUACGCCGACAGUUGGCACUCCUACCUCCUCGAAGCGCGGGGUCCUGCAGAAGCCAAAGCGAUUCACGGAUGCUUAUGAUGCCCACCAUGAUCACUCCGGCAGCAGCGGGCCCGCGAGGAGGGUUAUGGACUUCUUCCGGAGAAGGGCCAAGGCUAGGGCGGGCGACCUCUAA